AUCAUGGCGUCCAGAGCAUCGUCGCGUCGAUUUCUUUUUCACGUUCCUUUUUAAGGGGUUAAACUCUAUAUGCAGCCUUCUGAGGAGGAUCAAGGCCAAUCUGUAGUCUUAGCAAGUCAUUCAGGCUUGGGAUUUGUUGCAGUUCACGUAGGUAAAGUCUCCGUCAAGUUACAACAGAAUUUUCUGCAGCUUUCUGCGGUCAAACAACACAAUCCUAUUCGCUCGAUUAAUCCGAGUUCAAUAUUUGACUUAAGCACUCGUUCAAUUGAUAUUUAUUUAUAAGGCGUUGUCAUUAAAAUGAUGUUAGUCAUGGGGUUAUAUCUUUUGCCCACUCACACCCAUUUAGUCUAUGAACAGUCCCGAUUUUUUACUGACGGGAGGGGAGGAGAGGGCAUCUGUACACAGCCUAAUCCCAUUAGGUCCAUAUUCUCUUGAUCAGUUAGCAAGAAACAAGUUUUCACUUGAUACUUCUCUUAAAAGGUGCUGGAUUUCAUUCUGCUGUGCAUGAGGCUGAAUAUAAAGAAGCCUGCAAAGCUGCUUGUACAAAGGUAUAAUAAACUCAGGCACCUCACAUGCUGACCCAUCACACACACUGAUUUAUUCAUAACUUGACAUUAUUACAGUCAAACUGGGAAAACCGUGAACACCAGUAAUAUUUCUGGAAUUUUAUUGUGUUGCAAAAAAAAGCCAAUCAGGCAUGACAAAACUGAACCGCGAGCAAGAAUGCUAAUAAUUGGGUAUUUAGGUAUUUUUAGGUAUUUUUAUUUAUUUGCCACACAAUUACACUACUUAAAGAUGCCAAAAGAAAAAAAAAAAUGUAGGAAGAGAUGGCGAGGAGGCCUAAAAGAAACUAUAGAGCUUAUGUUAAUUAGGCCUCCUCAAUUACAAUUUUUCGAAGAUGGCAUAAAAAUUACGGCGACGGGUACAGUAUAAUAUCAGGUGAAAAAUUAAACUAAUCAAUAUUACGGAAGUUUACAUGUACAAAUGUUGAAUAUUAAAAGGCUUUUUCCCAAGAUUUUUGUUGAAGUAUACUAAUAAUUAUUACAAAUAAAUGCCUUAAGUGCUCUUUUAAAGGAGAAAGGUGAGGAAGCGUUGAUGAUGUUGGUGUUUAAGGUGUUGUAAAAUUUAGGUCCUUGAUAAAAACGGAAAAUUGCUUGGUUCGAGUACGACAGAAAGGCAGACGAAAUUUACACGAGUUUCUUGUAUUAUACUUAAUGAAUUUGACUUUGUAAGGUAAAUUUACAAUGAAAUUUUAAAGGUAGAGUAUGGUUUUGAUAGGAGUACAUGAAUAAGCCUAGUUGUAUUAAGUAUAUAUCAUGAAAUUUUAAGAUACCAAGAUUUUGAAAGAUUGGAUCAGUAUGUGCAUCGAAAGUGGUUUUAGCUAUAGUUCUGAUCACUGCUUCUGUAAAAUCUCAAGACGAAUAAGGUUAGUUCUGUAGGUAGAGGCCCAAACUAAGUUGCAGUAAAAAGGUAUGGAUAGACUAGAGAAAAAUAUAGUGUUCGUAAGGUUUUCGUGGAUAAAUAGAAACUGGAUUUACGAAUAAUUCCUGUGCAUUUAGAAACUUUAUUGGCGACAUGUGAGAUUUCAGAUUUCCAAUUUAAAUUUUCGUCCAUGAUUACUCCCAGGAAAACUGUUUCUUUUACUUGAUCAAUUUUUUGACUAUUAAUUAAAAGUUGAAUAGUUUGAUUUGUACGCUUUUGGGAUGGUUUAAAUGCAAUGAAUUUGGUUUUUUUCAAGUUUAAUGAAAGCCUGUUAGCUCUAAACCAUAUUGACAACUUAUUUAGUUCAGCGUUCAGUAUAUUAGUAAGGCAGUCUUUAUCCUUGUGAGACACAAAUACGGCAGUCUUUAUAAGGCAGUCUUUAUCCUUGUGAGACACAAAUACGUUUGUAAUUGGUUUGUGGUUUUGUUGCUAGAUCUUUGCUGUGAUUGGUCAUAACACAAUAAACAUUCCUUAGAUAUUCAAGUGUUCAUGGUUUUCCCUGUCGCACUGUAAUAAUAGAGAAAUGCAAGGGCAUGUGGAUGUUAAUCUUUUUUGAAACUCGCAGACCACAUCAUGGCAGGACUAUUUAUUAAUUGUCUCUCUAACCCUUAAUUAUCUGUGGAAAUAAUUCUAUGGUGUUACCAUUAAACCCCUGAAUUGUACUUUGUUCUUGGGAUUUUUUACAAAAAGAAUUUGAAUUUUUUUAUAGGUUUUUCUUUGGCCACCAUCAAGGUUAAAAUGCCUUAAUUUUUAGUUAUUUUCAUAUUGCAUAGUUAUAUAACAUUCUUAGAGAAAAAAAUAUGCAUGUCUUGCAUAAAAACCUGAAAUGUAUCAACCCUCCUUUCAUUUCAAAGUUGAUUAAAUUUAAGACAUGCCUGCUAAUCUCUGUAAGUUAAAUUUUUAACCAUCUAUUUCUUUUCCAUCCUAGGCUAUUAAGGCGAUAAAAAGAGGCUUAUCAGCAAAAGAAGCUGUUGUAAUCGCAAUAUCUACUUUAGAGGUACAAAAUAACUUUUAUUUUUAAUUUAUUCAUGAAUAUAUGUGGAGUGGGGUAGGGUGGGAUUAUAAAGUAGAACUUUAUUUUCUUACUAACCUGAUAUGGUAUAUGGUAAACUUUGAGUUAGUGCCUUGCCUGAAAUCUUGGGGUGUGACCAUUCAAAAGAAACUUCCUUGGCAGUACAUACGUUUUUAAUUUUUUAAAAAAAUUACAAUAAAAGGUUUGGUAAUGUUAUUGAAGUUUGACUUUGAACCUUUGGUGAUGAAAGAAUAUAACCUAUUAAUUAACUCAGUGAUUUGCAAGGAGCAUGGUCCCAUGAGCAUGUUGUGGUUCAAUGUUAUCCUUGAUUUAAAUUUUUGUUUCCUUAAAUUACUUUUGGGUAUGGUAAUGUAUGAUAAUAACAUGAUAAUGAGUUUGAAACAAAAGAAAAUAAAAUUUAAACCAAGGAUAAAAUUGAACCGCAACAAGUACAUACAAGCUUGUGUAUUCUUAUUCUUCAGGACUUCCCUUGUACAAAUGCAGGAACAGGUUCCAAUUUGACCAGAUCAGGUACAGUGGAGUGUGAUGCAUGUAUUAUGGAUGGUGAUUCCUCAGCAUUUGGAGCUGUUGGUGCUUUAAAAGGUUAUUUCUAUUGGAAAUUUAUAUUGUUAAAACAUAAAUUAAAAAUAAAUAAAUACACCUUAUUUAAAGAGGGUAGCACGGAAUAGUUACGGAAACUAGUAAACUUGUGGCCCUCUAUUUAAAUCAAAAUAUUACAAAAAAGGAAGAUUCCAAAUAAGUACGAAAGUCUAAGUACAAAAUAAAUAAAACUAAGGAAAUAUAGAAGUUCUACAGCAAUAUGAAUGAGUAUAAGAGCUAAUGAUAUGGCUAGUGAAAUAUAUGCAAGAAUAUGAUUAAACUAUGAAAUGGUGUAAUUCCUGCUGCUCUUUAAAUAAGAUAUUUCGUUAAUUAUUCGUAAAGGAUUCUAGUGAUACUGCUUUUCUAAGUUCUAGACUUAAGCUGUUCCAGAGUUGGCAAGUAGAAACUGCAAACGUCGUACCGCAUUUGGCCACCCACUUAAAUUUUGGGCAAAUAAAAUUUACGUUACUAUAUCUAGUUAUACUACUAUGUUGCUGACUGUUGAGCCUUAAGGAGUCUUCAAUAUACAUGGGGAACUUCACCCUUGAUGCAUUUGUAUGCCACACAACAUUUAGAUCUGUUUUAUCUUGUUAAAAGUUAAGUUUCGGAAGGGAAUUAAACCUUAGCUUCCCAAAGUAAUUGACACUCACAAUAACAUCUUAGAUACAUACCGAUGAAAUCACGUUAAAUAGAUUUUUCUGAUUUACAAAGUGUAUAUUCUGAUAUACAUGUAAUAAAAGUUUUUUGAAAAUUUUUAUUGUAGGAAUAAAGAAUCCCAUACAAGUGGCCAGUAGGCUGUUGACUGAAGAGUUAAAAGGCCCUUUUUCGAAUGGUCUCAUUCCUCCAAUGUAUGUGUUGAAAAUUUAAAAAAAAUUAUUUUUGUUUCUGUUUAAUACUUAGAUGGCUGGUAAUUUUACCCCUUCCAGUGGAAUAUUUCCAUGGGUGUUUCUGCACCCCUUGAAAAUUUAAGGAAAGGAGUACAUGCAUGCUGUACUUCCCGUAGAAUAUCUCUGUCAACAUUGUAAUCCCUAACAUUAUUCAUGACAGUUAUUACUAUCAUCAUGUUUAAGCUUUCUUGCUGGAGAAGGGGCAUUUAAUUGGGCUCUGGAACAUGGAUUUAACGAGUGCCAAGAUAAAGAUUUAAUCACAGGUGAAUCUCGCGGUGUACAUAUUGCAGUGUUUUUUUGUUAAUUUAUAACAACAGGAAAGUUAUGGUGGAUUAAUUUGAUUUAACAAUACUUUUUGUAAGACAGGAGUUUGCGAACAUGGUGCAAGUGCAAAGCAAGGAUACAGUCCACACAAAAUGCUGAUGUGUGCCAUAAACCUUGCCAGCUAGAAAACUUGUGCAACUUUCCAUAUGUGAGUACAAAUGUGCAAAACAUGUACUGGGUACAAAUUAAAGGAAUGGUUCAGAGUGUUUUUCUUUUAAAGAAACUGUGAAUAAACCAAUUUUCAUCAGCUCAUGCUUUUUGAUUUUUAAGAGAGCUACUGAUAAAUUUGAGUAAACAAUAUUAUUACAGUGUGUUUGUUUACCUCUAGGAAUCUAAUAGUAUGGAUACUGUUGGCGCUGUGUGCAUGGACCGGAACGGCCAACUCUACGCUGGAGCAUCAAGUGGCGGGGUAGUGUACAAGGUGCCAGGUCGCAUUGGACAGGUCAGUCUUUCUUGGAGAGCUCUUUCUACAAAAAAUUGUCCAAGUGUACCUGUAUACAGUCAUUGUCAGAAAAGGAAGUCUGUAAUGUUGUCCCAAAAUAGAAGGUCUUGUCCGGUUUUUUCAUUCUUCAUCUUGGAUCCCAGUACCAGGUUUCUAAACCAUUUUAUAGUGGCAGUGAUCUUUGCAAAUGGCAAAUGUCAGUGCCAAAUGACAUUUCUUAGUCUGGCAUUUUUUUUUUUUUACUAUAGGUCUUCUUCAGGGGGUUCAAAAGUUCGUGUCUGAAGAUGUCAAUUUUGUUGGUAUAGAUUUUGACCCAUUUUCAGGGCUCAAAAAAACCUUAAAAUUCCAGUUUGUCGUUUGGGCAAGCAGCUCUCACAUUUUUGUUUUCCUGGGGCCACUACUUACCUGGACCGUCACCCAUUGGGGAAGUGAACUUCAAAAGUUAGUUGCUCAGCAAGAAAAUCUUCUUGUCCCAGACUACCAAAUCAGACGUUUUUUAAACUCUUUUUCAUUAACUUCAUGCAGGCGGCCAUUUUCGGCAGUGGAUGCUGGGCAACUAGCCAUGAUGUUAAUGAAGUAGGAGUUGCAUGUUGUACAUCAGGUUUGUAUGUUACUUUAUAUUUCGCUCCAAGGGCUCUUUCCUACUCUUCACUACAGAGCGAUACCCUAGUAACAAGGUUGAAUUUGCUACUAGAGCACUCAUUUUGUAUUUGUUUUACUAGGCUGUGGGGAACAUUUGAUCAAGACUCUGCUUGCUAAAGAAUGUGCAAUCUUAGCUUUAAAUAGGUGAGUUAAGACAGUACCAGGUAUGUUGACCUGAUGGUCCAUUGCCUAGAAUGUGAAUGGGAGGAAUUAAUUCCUUAUUUUUCCCAUACAGGGACUUUCCACUGAAAGUUGGGUUAUGUUUUUUUGGCCCCUCCAUCCUGAAUGAACUAUGCAGUGUUGGGCUAAUCUGUGAUCGGGCGGUCCUUUGCUGACUUUUGUACUAUCUCCAAGAAAAGGAUGCCUGAUCACAGGUUAAUGUUGGGUGGGCUUUCCUGGAACAAGACCUUAUUCUUCAGAAAAAAAAAGUAUAGCACAUAUUUUGUCUGUUUUGGACGAGAGGUUGAGGUGACAUAGAAAACGUACAAAACCUGUCACAAACGUGACUAUUGUCACUCUAAUUAGAAAGUCUCUAAAAGUUUUUUUUUUUUGGUUUUCACCAGAGAUGCUGUCAGUGCGGUUCAAGAGGGGCUUGGUAGCAAGUUUUUAGGUAUGUUUUGGCAGUUAAACUAACACUUGAAGACUUCUUCUGAACAAGCCUAAGCCUGUUGCAGUAGCCUUAGCCUGUUGUUCAGAUAAUCGGUACAUUGCAAAGAGAAGUGAGCUUUUGUUUUCCCUCCAUUUCUCGGCACUUCCCACUGCCUGGAACAGGCUAAACCACAAUGUUAAGUAACAAGAACGAAUACUAUUUGGAAUCACAAAAUCUUAGUUUUUUAUAUAGUUUCUUUAAAUAAAGGAAUUUUUCUUUCAACACAAGCGUUCUCCAUUUCUUUUCCCGUACAUUCCCUGAACUCAUAGUCAAUGCAGAUUGCUGUUUUUGUCCUCUAUUUAGGUUCAAGUCUCCUUUCAUCCGUGACGAAAAAGUUAGGAGGAGUGUUGUUGCUACGAGUAGAGGGAGGGGAGGGUAAUGAAGGUAAGUGACAGUCCUCCUACGCUAGCGUUAUCGCACAAAUUUCGCACUAAACUCGUAGAAGCUUGACUCUGGAACGACGCAAGAUUGCUAAAGAAAGUUCUGUGACAAAAGAUAGUUAUUCAUUGACCUGUCUCAGUGUAGGCGUCGAUUCAUUUGCAAAGUAGCCUAUCCCAAAAGAAUCUUACCUAGCCUGCGACCAGGAUGUCGAGGUGAGAAGAUGAUGGAAAAGAGCGAUAGUUCAUAUCCUUGAGGAGCUUUUUCUUUCCAUGCGUUCUCUUCUGUGCGUUUAAUUUCUGCCAUAUUUGUUCGGCAACUCUACAGAUGCCGUUCUAGAUCAAUGAUAUAGUGUCACGCUUACUUGUUGUUGGCAACGUUUUCAUUUGAAAGGUCAAAGUAAUGUGACGCUUGCUACAUACUUUCACAAAUAUGAUUGGCUACAAAAGCUCUCGCUUCCUUUUUUCAACCAAUCAUGACGUGGGUGUUCUCAUUUUUCCCGCGCUUGGCAGCGGCUACGCGUUUUAGUGCGAAUUCUGAUUGGUUUAUUUCGUCCUGAUUUUGUCAUUGGCCAGAGUUUAUUGGCUAAACUAACCGGUUUGACAACCCAUUUGUAUCUCUACAGACUGCACUGUUGAUCUCGUCUGGGGUCAUACAACAGACAGCAUGUGUAUUGGCUAUAUGGCGGAACAGGACAAAAAACCAAAAGUACGCAAAGUACUUUAUUUAUAUGUUGGUAGAGUUGCUAUGGUUUUUAUAGCUUGCUCGUUCCCCGUGCCCGUUUCUCGGAAGUCCCGGUAACUUUUCGCCCCUCAGAUCAAAUAUUCAAAUCAAAAUCUUAUGAAUUAGAAGCGCGGGUCUCUGCUAAUCUAUUGAAAUUUCUAUUUUGAAUGUAAACAACAACAGCUUGUAGUGCCGGCGUCUUAAGUAUCGGGACUUUCGAGAAACGGGUCGCUAGGAAGAGCUUUCUAGCAUGUUAUGUCGUUCUUUAAAAUCUUCCAGUCUAUUAAAGACGAAGUCUAGUGCUACAUGACUAUUGAAAAAAAAACCAUUUUCGUUUGGUACUGUUUGUUUUGGACAAUAUUACAAAUUUAGCAAUAAAAGAUACUACUCUCUCACUUGAGAUUUUUAAAUGGCUUGAUUAUUACCAUUUCAUCCGUUAUUAAUCCCUCGUAAAAUAUAGUUGCAUUUAACUUCGUGUUUGUUUGUUUUUGUUUUUCAAGGUGCGACUGUCCCGUUUGCAGCCAAGUCAGGUGGUUCCUUUAUCAGUGGAAGGCACAGUUUACAGACUGUCCAAUAGCUAGCAUAGAGUUAGCAUAAAUAGAAUAACCACCAUGAAACAUGAGAGAUCGGUGUUUGUACCAGUGGGGACAUUUCCAGGUAGGAAGCCUGUGCCGCUGAAUUCCGUCAGUACAUUCAAUGUGUAGGAAGCCUGUGCUACUGAGUUUUAUCUUUACUUUCACAGUGUAGGAAUCACGUGUUGCUAGGGCGGUGCCUUUAGAGACAGUGGAACUUUUGGAGGGAGUUAAUCAGUUAAGCAAAAACAAUGUACGCACAGAAUUUGAAAUUAAUGCGGUGGUUGGAAAAUAUGGAAAUAACCAAAGUUUUAAAUAAAAGUGUUUUUGUACACUUUCUUCUCCCGGUGAACUAUUCAGUUCCGGUUCGAACGUCGCAUUUCGCAAGUGCCCAAUUUAAUGCGAAUACGGAAAAUCUUUUGUUCUUGCUUAUUUGCAUUAGAUUUGGUGCAUGUGAAAUGUAACGUUUAAACAGGGCCUUACAAGUCUAUAUUGACGUGUUUUAUUCUCGUGAAACUUUAAGGAUGUCGAUUGAGGGGAUAUAAACCGGCUAUAGGGAGUUUUAGCAACGACGAUGGCGACUGCAACGAAAAUCUCAAAAUAGCAACAGGUUUAUUGAGG